UUAACAGGACAAAACUUGGCUAAAGAGAAUGCCUUUUUCUUAAUUCCGAAAUGACGAAAGAAAAUUGUGCAUAAAAAUAGUAUCUUUUUUCAUAACUUUUGCAACGCUGCACAAGUGAAAUGAACUUUAUAUUCUUAAAGUUUCAUCCUCUCGCUGGAUUCAUUUUCAGUAUUUUGCGUUAAUUUUUUUCUGAAAAAUUUGGAUUUUAUACAGACAGUGACCUUCGUGGUAAAACAACAUGUAAUGAUUGUGUUGUGAAAAUAUAUUGCAUUUCAUCCAGGAUAUGCACAAACAUUUGAAAAUAGUGGAGAAGUUGUGUGCAUUUGUCAUUAAAAUGAUGAUGGUGAGCUUAUAAAACUUAUAAGAGAAAAUGAAUGAAGCACAAAGAAGCGUGCUGCAGCGGCACUUUCGCCAACUAGCCAGCGACCUGAUACUGACGGAAGAUUUCAUAGGGAUGUUGUAUCAACACAGGAUAUUUGAGAGGAAUAUGAUAGAGAUCAUAAAGGCUGAGAAGACUGAAGGAGACAUGGUCUAUAAGAUGUUGGAGAUGCUGCCAAAGAGGGGGCCUGAUGCGUUUGAUCACUUUGUAGACAUCAUACAGAACGAUUACCCAUGGCUGGCAGCCACCCUACAGAGCAGUCUCAAGUCAGAAAUGGCCAAAUCCUGUCGAAUAGACUCCCACAAAAGUGAUUUCACAGAUAAUGGUCGCUCUACAUCAUGCCUUGAUCAUGAGCCAGAACCAGACAUCAAAGCCAAAGUGAGCACAUUUGUCCACAAACAGUUUGGACAAAGUAAACGCAUUUCUGAGAACGACAAGAAAAGCAUUCUUCGCUGGAUGUCUCUGCAGCUCCAGUUGGAAAGAAAGAGAACUGUUUCGGCAUCUAGCUCAAGAACAGAUUCAUCCAUGGCCUCCCCUCCACCAGCUACUGUGGAUGUAUCCACCACAACAGAGGAUUUGAUUAUUGAUGAGAACAGAAUACCAGAGAGAAUCUUCCACAAACGAGUACAACAAAUCAUUGAAAAACUUCAUCAGAUGAAAAUGGUUUCAAACGAGUUGGAUGAUCAACCUGAUAGUAAAAGCAGUAAAGUAAAUGGCAAAAAGUCAAUGACUCCUUCCACAAUGGAUGUGGUUCUUGCUGAAGUGGAUAAGCUAGUGGAAAAAGUGGAAAAAAUGGAGAACGAAAUCAGCAAGUGUCAUAUAAUGUUAGGGGAUAGGGAGAAGAAAAUGUCGCUUUCUUUACUUAUUUACGAUUUGUCACUCUCUGGUAAAAAGAGGGACAAAGAGGUUCAGUUGGAGAAAAACAAAAAUGAGAAAAUGUUGACAGAACUCUAUGAAUAUUCAAAGAAAGUGACCAAACAAGAGCAAGUUCGGCAUCAAAUGAAACAGCUCAUUGAUAACCAAGCAGAAGAACUGAACAAGUUCAAAACUGAAAACACCAAGCUAAAAGAUCAAGUGAUAAAACUAGAGCAGAUCAAUAUGAUGCAUGCCGAAAAACAAAAGACUCUGGAAAAUCUCCGAAACAUGGUGCGCGAGAUUCAAACCUCUCAACAGGAUUUGUCUACUGCCAGUGUAAGAAGUGUUCAAACAAGGACAUCUGCUGAAUUAAAGAACAAUAACCACAGGGUACCUGCUUCUCGUAGGUCCUAUCGACCAAACCAAGUUAGACCUACUGACGAGAAUGCUAUUCCCUACUCGAGCAAACGCACUCCAUCAAAUGCCUCCAUUCCAUAUUCAAGCAAAAGAAAUGACACAACCAUUCCAUUUUCCACAAGGAAAUAUGGCACAAAUGUAAAAUCAGCUCAGAGGAAAGGAAACGGUGGACCUUUCAAGUGAAUUUGAUUUUGGUCAGAAUUCAGAUUUGUUUAUUUCACAUUUUGAAAUAAGUGGGAACUACUAGCUGUGCAUUUGAAAAAUAUAAUUGUGCUAUAUGUAACUAGUAAUGCCUAACCUCUGUUAAUUUCCAAAGAUGCCAAGACCCAGGAUCGGUCUUAGUUUUGUAUUCUUUCAUCCAAGAACUUGAAGAAUUUAAAAUCGUUUCCCUAUCACUUUGCCAAUUGUCAUGAAGUAGUCCGUUAUAUUGCCAAAUUUCAUUUUCAUAAAUGCUUGUUAUUUAGAUUGAAGAUUUUGAUUUCAGUUUUUCUUUAAAAUGCUUAAUGAUCAAUAAGGCCUAGUGUUGUAAUUUCUUAGAUAAGAAAUGUUUUUAGUCUGUUUAAUAUAUGCACAUCUUAAAAUUAAGGUAAGAGUUAUUUCCCUUUGUUCACUAAAAAGCAAGUUGACAGUGUAAAAACUUGCGUCGAGUACCCAUAAUUUAAGGUAAGGUUUGCAGCUUGCAUUUUUUAGAGGUUGUACCAAAGUUACAUACCAUUUUGUUCACUAUACUAAAGUCUUUUUUCUCAUGAAAUUCAAAUGAAUUUUGCCCGUCCCGUUUUAUAACUACAAAAGGUCAAAGUUCAUGAUUUCCAAUUUUCAUUUUGAUGAAAUGUAAACAAUUUCCUGAAAAUAUGUACAUUUUAUAUGUG